ACUCUCCUCGACGGCGAAGAUGAAUGCCAGACUCGGCUCGGAUCGGCUCUGUUUGGAUCGGCCUAUUGUCUCCUCUUUCGGACGUCCACCCACGAAGCACCACCCUCAAUGACCCCCGCCAAUCUCACAUGUUGUCCUACAAAAGCCUGGCUGCUUUGCCUCUUUACUGUCCCCCACCCCCUCCGAGUCCCCGUCCCCAUGCCGAUGCCUGUGCCCAUGCGCCUCGCCCCUUCGUCUACUAGCCUUGGUUGUCACUUCCACGUCAUGCAAUGCCUCAAGUCGGCCGGUAGUAAAUGGUCGACUGCCACUUCGGCCGCAUGUUGGACAGGAAAGCGGCGCUGGCGGUCGUAA